UUGGCACCCCAACUGGAAAAUGUCUGGUCGAUAAGAAGAUCGGAAGCCGAAUCGGGACUUGACUCCCCGAUUCGAAUACAAUUCUGCAAUAUUGGAGACGCAGAGAUGGAAAUCCACGUGGACAUGAUCCCCACGUGGAUAUCGAUUGGAAAUUCAAUUGGCACCCCAACUGGAAAAUCUCUGGUUGAUAAGGAGAUCGAACAUUGAAUCGGGAAUUGACUCCCCGAUUCACAUGCCAGUGUUUGGAGAAAUCAAGCAAACAUGGACCUGAUCCCCAUGUGGGACCGCAAGAGACUGCAGCUCUUGCGGUUCCAACAUUUCUACCAUUUUUUGGAAGUUGUAGAAGAGCCAAGUUUCAACAACUUCAAGAGCAACUUCAGGAAAAGUUCGAAAAAUUCUGGAUUCAAUGUCUCAAAGUCCGACAAGAUGAUUAUGUUGCUCGAACAAAUUUUGCAAGCAUCAAAUAUUCGGAUAGAAGAUGA